UUACAAUUUCAACUGUACGGAUUUUGGUAGUUUUUGAAAUGUCAACGAGGUUUAUAAUCCAAGUUAAUUACAAAGUUAGAAAAAAAUUUGAUUCAUUUUUCAACGACCUGAUGACUUUUUUCAGUACUCAUAAUUGUGUUUCUGGACCUUUUUUUUUUUUAAUUUUUCAUUGAACUAUGCGCUUGUGCACAAGUAAAUAAAUUUCAUUGAAAAUCAUUUCCACAACACCUUGUACAAAAACAUAUUUAUCCGGUCAAGCACGUUGAAACUAAUGAUGUGACAGACUUGACUUUUGAAAACGACGACACGCACUCGUACCAACCUUGGACAUUUCGAGCCUACACUACAUUUUGUGUCUCAAGCCACAAACUCCUUUUUUGAGCUCGCAAUUUGGUUAUGUCUGUAUCCCCACCAAUUCACGGGGUCUAACUACAAGACAGUGCAGUUUUUGUGAGACGCCGGCCGUGUUUAUAAAACUUCUACUUUGUGCUGAUAAUUUAAUACAGAGUACGGCAUCAUGAAACUUGUUAGAUUUUUGAUGAAACUCAGUCAUGAGACAGUUACCAUAGAAUUGAAAAAUGGAACUCAGGUUCAUGGCACCAUCACUGGUGUCGAUGUAGCCAUGAACACACAUUUGAAGUCAGUAAAAAUGACAAUCAAGAACAGAGAUCCAGUCCAACUGGAUACACUUAGUCUAAGAGGAAACAAUAUAAGAUAUUACAUUCUUCCUGAUUCGUUACCUCUUGAAACGUUACUGAUUGAUGACACACCCAAAGCCAAAGCUAAGAAGAAAGAAUCUGCUAGAGGAGCAGGAAGAGGUAGAGGACGUGGAGCUAGAGGUAGAGGCGGUCGUGGUGGAAGAGGAAGAGGCCGAGGCAGGCGAUAAUAGUUUUAUUAUGUCAUUCCACGAGUAUUCUGUGAAUGUUCGGAUAAGUUUGGUGAAAAAUUAUUUAUACUUAGUAAAAUAUUUUUUGUAUACCAAACAGCUCGAGUUAAAAUCAAUUUUUCAUCACGUAUCGAGUGAUUUAUUACCCGUCACUUUAAGUUCUGUAAAAUUAAAUAAGAAACACAGCGAUGUACAAACAUUAAAUUGUAUUUCGUGAUAAUUGAAUUACAAAACUAUUUUUAAAUUAGUAA